CCAUAACAUCUUUUUUUCUUUUUUCUGUUUUUAUACCAUACCAUCCUUGUCUGAUUUGUUGCUCCGACGGGAUUGUUCUUAAGUGAAGGAUGGGCUCGCUCGUUGGAACCUCCAUCCCAUCGCUGUCGUUGUCGUCAGUUCCCGCUAUGGGAAGCGUAUCAGCAGCUGGGACCGCUGGGACCAACUCCCGCUUGGGUUCAAUAGCUGGGACCACUGGGAUUGCUGGGACCACCAUCUUCCGCUUGAGUUCCUCGCCAGGUGCCACGUGUCUGUUGGCGAGGAAAAGCGGAACUACCGGUAGUUGGGCAUGGCCGAGGGGCAUGAGGAGGACAAAUGCCAAAGUGCUCGUCGAUGACAAGCCUGGUCGGAGCAGCCGCUGGCUCGUGACACGUGGCCAUCCUUCUUGCAUGUCCUUGACCUGUGAUUGGAUGGAAGGGAGCCUAGGCUCUCAGCAUGCUGCAGACCAAGAUUGGGUGCCUGCCUGCCGCAGUAGGCCGGCGGGAAAGACGGUCCCAGAUGGCCAUGCCCGGCAGCGGCGUCGCUUGGCUAAGUUCAAUGUCAAGCUACAGCCUCAUACUUAUCCUUAUCUCUGCCCUGGCAGUGGCACGUCUCCUCAGGGACGACGAAAAGCGAGCGGCGCGGCUGCAAGAGCGGCCAUGGAAAUAGUUACUCCAGCAUCGGACAAAGAGCUAGGAUCUCUCGCUGGUCUUGAAGGAGGGGAAGGAGGAGAGGGAGGAGGAGGAGGAGGAGGAGGAGGAGGAGGAGGAGACGGGAGUGUGUCGCCGGAGCUGGCGGAGAUUUACAGCAACGCCUCCACUUGGCAUUGGCGCGGAGAGACCAUCAACUACGUGGCAACUGGUGGUGGGGGACCACCAAUUCUCCUUAUCCACGGAUUUGGAGCAUCCAUCGGCCAUUAUCGCAAAAACAUCCCGGUUCUCUCUCGCAAUCAUCGAGUGUACGCCGUUGAUCUUCUGGGAUUUGGCGCAUCUGCCAAGCCGUCAAAUGUCCAGUACAGCAUAGAGUUAUGGUCUGAGCUUAUCUUGGACUUCAUCUCCGAGGUGGUCUGUGAGCCGUCGAUCUUGAUAGGCAACUCAAUCGGCAGUUUGUCCGUUCUCCUCGCCGGCGCCACUGCGCCCCGAGGAUCUGUGCGUGGCGUCGUCCUUCUUAACUGCGCUGGUGGGAUGAACAACAAAGCCAUAUCUGAUGACUGGCGGAUCAAGCUCUUCCUGCCGCUUUUUCUAUUAAUAGACUUCCUUCUCAGACUCCCCAUCGUGGCCAACUUCAUUUUUAACCGAGUGAAGACCAGAUCGAACGUCAAAGCUGUGCUUCAAUCGGUGUACUGCAACCGGGAGGCAGUCGACGACGAGCUUGUGGAGGUAAUCAUGCGGCCGGCGGACGACAAAGGAGCGCUGAACGUCUUCGUGGAGGUGAUCACAGGCCCGCCGGGACCUCGACCUGAGACCCUCAUUCCCAAACUUCAAGCCCCCCUUCUCCUCUUAUGGGGGGAUCGAGACCCCUUUACACCCCUUGAUGGCCCAGUGGGCAGGUAUUUCUCCCAGCUCCCUCAAACGUCAUCUAAAGAUGACGUGAAAUUCGUAGUCCUGCCGAACGUCGGCCACUGCCCGCACGAUGACGACCCUGAUACCGUGCACAAGUACCUUCUGCCUUGGCUGGCUGAGCUCAGCAACGACACCUAGGGGGUGUUGCAUAACAUGACAUGCAUAAGACAAGAAAUGUGGCUGCGUACACUCACACACACACUGCGGAACCACCUUUCGGCCUUCUACCUCCAUCUGGCUCUAAUUGCGGCCAAGUGCAUCUAGUGAUCUCCCAUUGUGAGUAGACGGCUUUCCUUUUUCUGUUGUUGUUCUUUUUUUAAAAGGAUCAGAAAUUAAACUCAUGAUCAGAACACAGAAACCACACUUGAUCUAUUUUUAGCCAAAAGGCCGACAAAGGUAGAAGUAGAAGUAGAAGUAGAAGUAGAAGUAGCAGGCCUUAGACACACCAGCCUCUGUGAAAGCCGACCAGAGCUGGACAGUCACGCACCCUUCUGUGUGUGUGUGUGUGUGUGUGUGUGUGUGUGUGUGUGUGUGUGUGUGUGUGUGUGUGUGUGUGUGUCUGUGUGUUUGUGUGUGUGUUUCCCUCUUUUUUCCUCCAGUAUUGUUAUUUAUUGUCACUUCCUCCCUACGUGAGGAUUGGGUAAUUUAAUGUAAUGUAUGCCUCUACUGCCUUCCUUGGAUGCAGUAGCCAUCUCUCAGGCUGGGCUCGCCGGAGUCCAUAUGAACCCACGAAAAAAAAAAAAAAAAAAAGUCAGUGACUGACUGAUACAAAAAAGACACAUAUAAAUAAGAUCAACAACAAAUGAUCUUGAAUUACAAAAGCAAAAAAAAGGAAUCGAUGUGUAGACUGGUAGCCGGAUAGUUGGCUAAUCUAGUGGUUAAUUGAUUGAUUAAUUGAUUGAAUGAUUGAUUGAUUGAUUGAUUGAUUGAUUGAUUGAUCAAAGGAUCGAUUGGCUGAUUGAAGGAAACGGUGAUCGAGCCAGACAAUUAGACAGACGAAUGAUCGAUAAAUUGGUAGAUAGAAAGGUCACGUUGUUAUUGGUUAAUUCAACUUAAUUGAUGGAUUGACUGAUUAAUCAUAUCAGGAGAGAGGAGGUCGACAAGGUGCUAACAAGC